AAAAAAAGUGGUGUAUUUAUUGUAAUUUUUUCAAUGAUUAGUAUCAAAUAGCCUAUUGUUAAUUGAAUUAACAAAUGUUCUUUCCUCCCUUUGAAUUUCCCGUAUAACGUCAAUGUCGUCACCUCUCACCUUUUUGAAUAAGUAGGCUAUAGGCGCCUUUUGGCUGAUCUCUUGAGAAACGACACCUUCUGAAUGAUAUCUGCAUUGCAGCAGGAUUCCAAUAUGGCUCCGAAGCACUGAGUUUUCCUGUAUGAAAAGCAAGCAGAUACAGGGAUACAAUUUCUUGUUUGAAGUCGAUACCUGUCUUCUAUAUAUUAACCAAUUAAGAUGUUGCAUUACAUUUUGCCUAAUGCAAUAUUCAUAAAAUCAUGCGCAAUCUUCUGAUGUGGUAGCAUUACGCACGACUUUUACAGUCUUACAAGAGUAUAAUAUAGUUUAGCUUAAUUAACAACAUUGAAACCAAAAAUAUUUGUCAUAAUCAAUGGUUUAAUUCGAAUCCACGGAUAGGUCCCUCGUGUAUUAGAAUUUAACAAAGCAAGGCAGUGCACUGCAGUGUACUAAUAGUGAACCAGUCAACCAUGUGUCAUCCUAAAUAAGCCUAAAUAUUUCUGUGACCAAUGCUUUUUCACUUUUAGCAUUGGGCAUUGAUUUUCUUUUCGCUGAAAAAUGUAAGCCUAGGAGGUCUAAUAGGCAUGACAUGUUGGACAUGUUAGUGUAUCUGAUCAUUCAAAUUGUAUUCCUAGCUGUAGGAAAUCAGUCACAAACACACACAUAUCAGUCAGUCUUUUGAUUGGCAUGUUUUAUUUGGGUUUUGGUUCAAGAAAUAGGCCUAGUUGGGAAAAAACGUUGUGCAGACAUGGUGACUGCUCGUUCCUAUUCUAACCACACGAGGGCAGACGUGUAGCAAGUUUCGGUCCGAGUUUGUUCAUGAAAACACACAUAGGUUGAAUUACAGCUGUGGUCUGGAAUAUUAUUGAAAGGCUGGUAAUGUUCUUGUUUGUGGUUUGAUGAGAGAAUGUACCAUACGUUCGGUGAUCUGACUUUCUUUUUUGACUUUGCUUCCUUCAGGUAAACGUUGGAAAAUAGCUUAUUUAAAAAAUAUAAGCAAACAGACUUUGUUUCGUUCAUGCAUUCCAUGCAUUGCAAUCAAAGGGGCACCAUCACUGUUCCUAACGCCACCAUUUUAAAGUGGAUUAAACAGUAGCUUUAACUAUGUGGAUUUGUGUAUCAUAGGCCUAUAGAAGACACCAAAUCCAGCUUAACCCUGGUAUAUAUUGGACAUGACUUGAAAUAUUACUGUGUUAAACUUAAUUUCCAUUCCAAUCAAACCCUAAAGUAAUGAAAUAAUUGUUGAUAAAUUAUGGAAUAAGGCCAUGACCUAUCUGGAUUCCUCAAUCAACCCUGGUUAGACUUAAAUUGUCGUGUGCAUUACCGAUGCAUUAAACUAGGUAUUUUGAUUUGGACGACAAUUAGGCCUUGUCUAAUAAAUAUGUUGUCUAAUAAUUUCAACCGAUGUUCCCUGAUAGGGUAAAAUGUUUUAAAAUGGGAUGUCUAAACCUAAAAUGUUGAAUAGACCAUGGGUUUGCAUUUUACUGAAUUAUUUGCUCAAGCAUUUCACAUAAUUAUUUGCUUAAUUGUUAAAUACACUAUAAUCACCGCCAGAACACCUGGAUGGUUUUGAUGUUGUAUUCCUGAAGUUAAAAACAACACAUUGCACACUGGUGAAUUCGUAACGUGUCCUAAAACGUGAGGUUUUCAUUUUCUUCGUUUAAUAGACGCAUAUUGUAUGUCUGCAUUUUUUGCGUAAUUGACCAUUUGGCAUGUAUAUCCGUAUAGGCCUUUUAUAACUUUAGAAAUAUUUUGGAGAGCAAAUUCUAUUUUAGGCUAUUGUCCAUUUAGACAUGUAUUGAAGUAGCCUACACCUAUAUAUCGUAAAAACGAAUUAAUUCCUUAUAUUGUCAUCUUUCUCCCUGUUCUUUCAGUCGAGCUUAUACGUUAGAUUUCUCAAAUGUUUAUUUGAAUUAUCUUCGUAUUAGUGUUGACCUGAAGCAUUGUUUUGGCCUACAACCUUGAAGGUUAAGUUUCAGAUGUAGGGAUAUGCUGUUGUUGGAUGUCCUUGGAUGUGCGCUUACGCUCUCAUUGUUGAAAAAAAAAACUAUGCCAUCCCUACAUGUGCAUGUAUUUGGGUUAAAUAACAGGUAUGUAGGCUAUUAUAGGUUCAUUUAUAAAAAAUCGAUGCUUAAAUUGAAAGAAACAUCAUGUAACAAAUAUACAUAGGCUACAUAUAAAUAUAUAGCAUAUUAGAUAUAGGCUAUAGUCUGAUAUUUUCCUCCCAUCGUUAUUUUGUUUAGUAAUCUACGUGCACAAACUUGGCUCAUUUAGGUAGGCCUAUUCAGCGUUUAAUUAAUUACAUGCUCUUAAUAAAAUUAGUAGUCUUUUUCAGCAAAUCAUCUGUUUUUGUAUGCUUGUUGGUUUGUCAAUUCAUUAUUAUUUCUCUGGGUAAAAAAUCCACAUAGUCUACCUAUUUGAAAACGUAGACCUGUUAAACCGAUGUGAGAUGCUGAAUUGAGAAUAGGCGUGUGUUUAGCGCUGUAGUUUAUUAUUAUUAAAUGCCUUAGUUUCCCAGUCCGUCAUAUAGGUCACAAAUGCCUUAGUUUCCCAGUCCGUCAUAUAGGUCACAAAGAAACUAACUGCGUCAUACCCUGAGCAGGCAUUCAAAGGUUAUUAAAAUUGUUUUGAAAAAUUAGAACCGGUUAAUCGAUAUCACCUAUGUGUAGGCUUUCCUUGUAUUUUUAUUUUUAGAGAAUAAUAUCCUACUUAAGCCAGACGCUGUUUAAUUAAGAAUCCAAUUACAAAAAAAAGAUAUAGGCCUAUAAUAGCCAUAUUUGGUUUUAAUUUAGGUUGUAAUUGUUUAAUUACCUCCUGUAAAUGUAUUAUUCUUUUCAGUUAGGCUUAGAUUUCGAUCACUACACCGUGAUUAUUUUAGUUAAUGUCAAAGCAUUGGCUUUAGUGGUUCUAUAGCCUAUAAAAGUGAGUAGAUUACCUAUCAGUCGUGAACUUAAAUUGUGUGAAGGGUUUUUAAAGGUGUCAAGGUAAGGGCAUUGGAGCUUGAUGCAACUGUAAAUUAUUUUCAGGUUAAGACCAUGCACAUCAGCUUUGAUUUUGUUUCAUGCCAAGCAAAGACAACAGGCUAAAUGUUCAAGAUGUCCUUUGUCAGUCUUGGAAUCAAUUUCAAGUCCGUGUUCUAGGUGUCGCUGUUGACCACGUCUGCCUCCCAGUCAUGAGUCAAUUCGUCCAUGUGAUGGGAAAAGAAGCUGCGUCUCAAGGCCAUUUUCAAAUUUCAUUGGUGAGCUUGUCAUGUGGUAGAGAGGCAUCCUGAGCAACACGGAGAUUUUUGUGCUAGUUAUGUCAGCCUACAAAGGACAUCUCUCUCCUUUUUAAAACUUCUCCAAAAUGUCCUUUCCCAACAGCUCUCCUGCUGCGAAUACUUUUUUAGUUGAUUCGUUGAUUGGCGCUUGCAGAACAGACAGCUUUUACUCCAGCAGCAACAUGUACAUGCCGUCCGGUGCAGAAAUGGGAACUUAUGGAAUGCAAACCUGUGGACUCCUGCCGUCUCUCGGUAAACGAGGGGACGUCAACCACCAAAAUAUGGGCAUGAAUGUCCACUCUUACAUACCUCAAAUUGAUAACUGGACAGAUCCGAAUAGAUCUUGCAGAAUAGAGCAACCAUCCAACCAGAUGCCCAAUUGCACAUUUUCACAAAACAUUAAGGAGGAGAGUAAUUACUGCAUGUAUUCAGACAAGAUAGCAAAGAUCAACUCGUCCGAUGUCCCAGUAUAUUCUAAUAUAAUCCCCGAAUCUUGUUCAGUUGAUGGCCCCGAGAUCCCUGUUCCGGGCUAUUUCAGACUGAGCCAAACUUACGCGAGUGGGAAACACCAGGACUAUGGCCACGAGAUGACGAGUCCAAACACCACAUUGAUGCAGCUCAACAGAGUUACUCCCAAACCGCAGUUGUCUUCCUUUGUCGAAGUGGAAAAGAAAACGGCUGAUAUACCGCAUAACCAGGAGAUCAGCAGGACUCCCAUCCCCGCGGAAAGCCCGGAUCCAAAGUCGAGCGCGCAGGAGGAGAAUAAUUGCUCCACUGAAGCUUCAGUCUCCAGCCCAGAGUUGCCACAGAAGGAAGCGAAAGACAGCAAAACUGACCUUCCAACGAGCAAUUGGUUGACUGCAAAAAGUGGAAGGAAGAAAAGAUGCCCCUACACAAAGCACCAGACGCUGGAAUUGGAAAAGGAGUUUUUAUUCAACAUGUACCUGACUCGAGAGCGCCGUCUAGAGAUCAGUAAAGGCGUCAACCUCACCGACAGGCAAGUCAAGAUCUGGUUCCAAAACCGCAGGAUGAAGCUCAAGAAAAUGAGCAGGGAAAACCGAAUUCGGGAACUUACCUCAAAUCUCACCUUUUCGUGAGCAUGCUUACAAAUGCUUGUUUUAUUGUCCCUUUCCUCUCUCUUCAAAGUAGUGCUGUGGCAGCAUUGGACUUGUUUUUUUUUUUUUCAAUGAAACUGUGACUGUAAUUGCUAUUUUUGUCUUAUUUACAUGUUCUUAUUUACAUGGUGACGCAUUGUGUAUUUUGAAUGUUUCAUCACAGGGUACAGUAGGCUAGGUCUUAAAUUAUUAAAAUAUAGAAGGUAUUCAUUAUUGGACUGUUUGGUUUGAUUGAGUCUAAGGAAGAUGUCACAGUGACUUGUUUGUAAGAUCAUUUUUUUCGGACAUGAAAGCACAUUUAUUUAUAGUGGUUGAAUAGAUAAACAUUCGUUCAGAGUUAAGCGCAAACCCUUUGCUGAAUCGUAAGUAAUCUUAUAAACGUUUCUGUAUUAUAAAUGUGGUGAGCAAUGUUAAUGAGUGUAAAUCUUAUGCAUGUUUGUGGCAUGUAUCAUGCAAUAAAUUGAUUGUCAAACGUCA